CUACGGGGUCGGUCGCGGGCGACUGCCGUCCACGGUCUCCCGGACGUGGCGCCUCUAGUACAUCUCUCUUCAGGCCAUCCACCUUCCCAGAGCCAGAGUGCUCUCCAGCCAUGACAUUUGCUGAGGAGAAGACUUAUAAGUAUAUCUACCGUAAUCACAGCAGAUUUUGCCGUGUUAAUGUUAUGGAGAUUCUGCCUCUCCUGCCCUGCCUCACACAAAGUGACCAGGACCGACUGCGGGCAUCCUAUGCACAGCAGGGGAACCAGGACACACUCUGGGAACUCUUCAACAGACUCCAGCGUCGUACUGGCUGGGUGGUGCUCUUCAUUAGGGCCCUGAGGACCUGUGAGUUUCUUGACCUCGCUGAUGAAGUGGCUGGAGUCUACCAGAGCUACCUACCUCCUGGGACUCCACCCUUCUCUCUAGUCCCACAGGAGAUGCCAACAGUUCCUGCCAAGGUUUCAGGAACCUCUGCAUCUGCUCUAUGCCACAGAAUCCCCCACAAUGGCUACCAAGAGAUGCAAAGUUACCCUAUGCCAGUCCAGGAUACCCAACCACCAAAGUCCCCAGGAGAGAGUUUGGAGCAGGUACCUCAGACAUUCAGCUCUGGAGCUGUGUUGAGGAUGUCUGGUGGCUCCUUGGAGCCCUCACCUAACCUGACAGCCCCCAGCCCUCUGGCCUCUGGUGGGCAUCAUGAGCAGGACUCAAUACUGGGCAGCAUGCACCCAAGAGGUGCUGCUUCCAGUCUCACAUCACCCUGUGGACCUUUGUCUCCAACUGUCUCUUUCCAGCCCUUGUCCCGUCCCACCUCCAGGGCAAGACAUUCACCUGGACCCACCAUGUCAGCUCUACCUCCUGAAACUUCCUUCUCUUCCACCACUGGCUUGACUUUUGGAAAAGGAACUUAUGACCAGGCUAAGGGUGCCAUCGGCCCCAGGGAUGCAGUGGUACCCACCAGCUCUGUGACUACCAGCUCAGUGCCUUCUCCCACAAACUUGAUACCUGUAAACACCAUGUCCUCCAAAGUGCCUGCCAGUCCAGAACUUGUCAGCACCAUGCCACCUAAGUUGUCCACCAUCUCAAAGCCCCCUGAAUCAGUGCUGUCUAAUGUGCUCACCCAUCCAGCACCCUCCAAAUCACCCACUAACUUAACAUAUGCUGACACAGUACCAUCCAAAGUGCCCACUAGCAUGGUGUCCAGUGUCAACUCAGUGCCCUUCAGGAGCAGCAGCAAAGCCAAGGAGAAGCAGGAGGCUCCAGCAACUGCAGUCACCAUUGGAGGCAGCCUACCUGGACCAGAUAGCAGUUCCAGAAACUUGCACUCAGAACCAGAGCUGAGCAAGCCAGGCAUGCUUCUAUCCCGGGAGGAUAGUCAGCUAUUCUCGGGCUGCUCUGAUGACCUUGCCAUUAGCCCAAGCAACUCCUUAUGCUCAGAGCCCAGACAUGGCCCAGAGGAGAAUGAGUAUGUGUCCAUUAGGGUGCAGGUGGAUGAGAGCUCCAGCACUGACCUUAUGAUAGGAAACCCUGGGCUGCCAGCCACCCAGCAGCCUGCAGAGGAGGAAACAUUCACUGGUGGGCUGGUGUUCUGGGCCCAGUGGUUUGGGGCAGCCAGUUCACUCUUGGCUGUGCUCUUGGCAGUGAUGUUGUACCGCAGGCGCCUGGCCCAGUGAAGCCUUACCUGUUUGCCACUCAUUCACUCAGUUAUACCAUGUACUCUUCUCAGGGCUGGGACCGGUGGGGCUGCCAGUGGAGUUCAGGGGCCAGGGUAGCCUGGGAGGUACAUGUAUAGGAUUCCACCAACACUUGGGGGAUAGCAUUUUCAUCCUAGCUCACACUCUCUGCUUGUCCUUCACCAUUCUCAGCUUUUUGUUUGUUUGUUGUGUUUUUUGUUUUUGAGGUAGGGUCUCUCUGUAGCCUAGGAUGUAGUCUUAGGGUGGCCUUGAACUCAUGGCAAUCCUCCUACCUCUGCCUCCUGAAUGCUGGGAUUCAAGGCGAGUGCCACCAUGCCUAGCCUGUUAUCAGCUUUUUAAGACUCUGGUUAACCCCCAUUGUUUCAGAUUACCCACUUGGACACAUAGUUUGCCAUGUUGUAUGCUCUUGAGGAUGUGUCCUUACCAACCUCAUGCUUGUUUGCCAAGCCUGUAGGUCAGGAAGUGCUCCAGGGCACUUCAGGUUGGGAGUGGUCUAGAGGUCCACUGUGUACCCCAAGGAGGCCAGAAGCAGUUGUUAGGCCUGGAAUGCCCUAGGAACCCCCCUUUACCUUCCUUGCCCCACCUCUUUCCCUCCUUGUUGGUCUCCAUUCUCUUUGGCUUCCUGAGGAAGGAACACCUAUUGGGCUGAGCUCAACCCAGACUUGAAUUUCAGCUCCACCUUUUCCAGGCUUGGCAGAUGCUCAGUGUCUCUAGUCUUGUUUCCCCAUAUGGACAGAGAAUAGCCCAUCCAAUAGGGUGCCACCACUGAGUGCUGCUCCAGGCUCCCUCCUGCCCAAAGAGGAGGAGACACAUAAGCAGCUAACUCCCUGGAGAUCAGCCAUCCUACUGCUUCCCCAGCUCCAGUGCCAAAGCUUCAGGGUGGGCUGCUGGGGGUGACCUCGAGGUUUUAGGAGAUCCCUCCCCCACUAUACUUGCUUCUGAGUCUCAAGAGACCCAGACAUGAUGAGGCGCAUUGCCAACCUGGAGUGCGCUGGUGGAGCUGAGGGCACGUAGUGUUAAGGGCUCACUGUGAAGGAGUGCAGCUUUGGCCUGUGUCCUGUCUGUGCCUGUCACUGGCUCUGUGAUCUCAAGCAAGGCACAGACCUCUAUGUUCCUCUCUUUUCUCCUGUUAAAUUAAGUGGGAGUGAAUUAUAUAUAUUUUUUCUUUUUUUGUCAUGAGAAUUAAAUGAGGUCAUCUGUAUAAAUCUUAGAAUGAGUUCUGCAUUUCCUUAGGAUUAGAUGCAUGCUAUCAUUAUUAAGUGGGAAAGUUCUGGAGCCCUUGGCAAGACCUUUAGAAAUAUACUUAGAACCUACUGCCUCCAGCCCUUAUUUGCCCCUUCUACUUCCUGUGUCUUUGGGAAAUUGUUGAGGGUGAGGGCCUGCCCUCUGGGUAGCUGUGCAGGAUGUCCACCUGUGUAUUCCUGCUACCUCCAUAGGAAGACUAGCUACAUUUCCUUCAGAGACACAGUGGUGAGGGUAUCCUCAUGGGUUCUUUUCAAGUGCCCUCUGCUGCAUGUCUAGAUUUUAAGGAACAAGCCCUGGGAGAGAUCAGGAGUGUGACUUGCUAUGGUUCACCCCUUAGUUAUCAGCCCUAAGGAAGCUUUCUGAAGAACUUCCCUAGGGGACUUCAGCAGCCUAAUGACCCUUAACUUCUGAACUUCAACCCACACUUCAAACCCAGAGACCUGUACUCUGAAUCCAUGUGUGAACUGUCCCCCAAGCUGACACUCUUGAUUCUAACCAAUCCAUGGACACCUCCUCCCUCCUGGGGGCCAUGCUGGCCAUGCUAUUGCAAGGGCACUAAUUUUAAUGUGUUAGCCACACAUACUUUUUUCAAAGGUAGCUUUGAAAAAAAAAUGAUUCUCAAUAAUACAAUGUGUAGUCCCAUAGAAUGUAGUCCAGAUGGUGAGAUUUCAAACACUAACUGGCCACUAGGUGAUACUCUAGCUCAGGUCUGUGUGUGUGUAGGAAGUGUCAAAGGGCCUUCCUCUCUUGCACUUCUCAAAUUCUGACUGGUCCUGCAUGAAAAAUAUUCCCAUCUCAGCUGGUAUCAACUUGAAGGUGUUUUAGAUGCUACUCUCAAGAAGAGGUGUAUAUGUGCUGGGAAGAUGACAUAGUGGUUAAAGGUACUUGCUUGCAAAGCCUAUUUGCCCAGAUGCACAAAGUGAUAUGCACAUCUGGAGUGUGCUUAUAGUGGCAGGAGGCCUUGGUGUGUCAUGCUUUCUUUCUCUCACACACUCUGUCCUCACAAAUAAUAUUUUUAAAAAGAGGUGUGUAUUUAGUACCUUCUUGGUAUAGGGACAAAUACAUGUUAAAAAUCAAUUUAAGGGCCAGUCUGUUGGGCUUACCUCAAAAAGAAAAAAUCCAUUUAAGAGAGGAGGGAUUUAUUUCAGCCUACAGGUCCAUGUUACAGUCCACCAUGGUGGGGAAGGCAUGGAGGCAGAAGCUUGAAGCUGAGGAAGCAGAACAAAGCCAGGAAUGCUGCUGCUCAGCCAGCUGCCGCCUUUUCAUACAGUCCAGAACCCUACCCUCAGUUAAGAUGGGUCCUCUCACCUUAACCUAACUUCCUUGGUGUCCACAGUCAACCUUUGGAUCACCCCCAGGGUGAGAGAUUAUCUUGAUUAGGUUAGAUUCUGGGUCUGUCAAGUUGACAGUAGAAACCUUCACAAGGUGGGUUUAGUCAUUGUUAGGUCUCAGGAAUCCUGGGUUCAUAUGUAGCUUUCAGCUGCAGUAGGAGUUGUGGAGUUUUUUUUUCAGGGGGUUGUGCAUGGAGUGUGGGCAUGUGCCAUGGUGCUCAUGUGGAAGUCAGAAGACAACUUUCGGAUGUUGGUCCUUAUCUUCCACCACUGAGGCAGGGUUCUACAUCAUUCACUGCUGCCUUUUCACCAGGGAGGUUAGACCAUGAGCUUCUGCUGGAUUCUCCUGUCUUCACCUCCCUUUUUGCCCAAGUGUGUGACUGUAAUUACAAAUGUCUGCCAUGGUG